GAUGAGGAGGACUUCAGGCGCCUCCACGACUCAUGGGACAGGAUGCGCUCGUCCCUCGUCAACGUGUCCAGCUCCGACCAGCUAUCGCCACUCAACGGCGCCCCGGCAGCGGCACAGGACGGCGCGGCGACCGACUACGAAGAGGCCAUCCGAGGAGCCAUCCGCGCAUCAGAUGUUCCUGAGGAAGCAGUGCCUCUCAUUGCCGAGUACGUCGGCAGCUACUCGCAGCUCGAGGCCCUUGUCAACGCCCACUCUAUCACUUUCACCCAAACUGGGGUCCUCUGGGACAUUCUGGCACGGCUGCUGUCCAUCAAGAUAGCCUCUUUCUUCGGCGAUCUGGUCCAGGUGCCCGUCCCUCAGCUAACCCAACGAGUGGCCGCCACGGUGGCCACCGGUGCUAUGGUGGAGCAGCUGAGGCGGCGGCUUUUCAUGCUCGAGUAUGGGGGCAGGUGGGCCAGAUGGAGGCCUCACCUAGCGCUGCUGUACCACCUACAAGCCGGGUGGUGUUGCGUGACGAGCACUUCAGUGUGUUCGACAGCAACCAGGCGGCCUUCCUUAUGGCGACUGAGGCGCCUCGCCAGUGGCGAGUACUCAGCCACGGGGUGGACCUUAGAGGGCGGGCGAAUUCGGCUCCGCCCUCAAGUUCUUGGCCCUCUUUCCCUCCAGCACUCACCCAGCGCCAUCUUUACCUUUGACGCGGCAAGCCCGCCCACACAUGUGCAAAGCGGGGAGGAGGGGUGGGGCUCAUUCGAGUACCGAACCUACGGCUGCGCUGUGGGCUUCAUCCUCACUCACUGGCUGACCGCAGACCCAGCGAAUGACCGGCCUCAUAUGAGCUGGCCCAUAUCGGCUGAGGUGACCGGUGUCGCAGCACAGCGAGUUCAGGCUCUGCUGGCCGCCCAUCCGAGCAUCGGGCUGCAGGGAGUGUUGGAGGUUUUCGACAAGAAGGGGCUGAAGGGAGGAGAGCACAUGCGGAUGAUCGUAUUGGGUGGUGGGGCGCUGGGGGAGCAGAUAGCAACCAUUGAGCUGUCACAAGGGGGUGGGGAGAGUGAGUGGCUUGUCAAUGUUCGCACUACUGAGCCAUGUCCGUAUACGAACACACGAAAUGGGGUGAUAAGUGUGCUGGGGUUCUCGCCAUAACACGGAAGCGAGAAGUGGAGCGAGCGAUUAAGGAGCCUUUCAUAUCGAUGCGGACCGACUGACUCACGUGUGAUUGUUUUUGAUGUCUCGUGAACUCACAAGGCUUGAAUCGGGUCGUGUGUCUGUGUCUCUACACGUGAAGGCUGGAAUCGAUUGGAAAACUUGGUAUGUGUAAGACUUCCAUGCAUUUCACACUUGA